AUGGGAAACAAGAGUAAAGAAAAGAAAAAAGCGAGAAAGCGCCAGCUUUCAAACUCGAAAACCAACGAAGAUCUCGAAGUUAUUGAAGUAUCCCUGCAGAAAAAGCGUCUUCUCGAUGACAACCUCGAAAUAAUUCAAGCCGGUACUGCCGAGUCGGUUGAGAAAGGUUUUGAGCACGUUCGAACAAGCUUUCCACUGAUAAUUCCAGAAAAAUGUGCGGAGAUUCUACCGACUCGUGAACUGUUAGGAAAUCAACUAGUCGCUGCUGUUAGAAAUGGCCACUUUGCAAUUGUGGAAGGUCCUCUCGGAUGUGGAAAGACUUUCCUUGCUCGUUACGCUGCGAAAACACUCGACAUCCCGCUGCACAUCAUGCAAAUGGGUGAUCAAAUCGAUUCAAAGGUAUUUCUGCUCAAUCAGUCACCAAAAAGCUUUAAAAUGUUUUUCAGACACUGUUCGGAUCUUAUCACUGCACAGAAGUUGCCGGCCAGUUCGUUUGGAACGAAUCAACAUUCGCAAAGUGGCUUCGGUCUCCCGGAAUCGUCCUUCUCGAGGACGUCGAUGCAGCGAAUGCUGAUGUGAUCUCGAAAAUUGUCGAAAUCGCAACUCACCGUCAAACGGAUGCCUCCAACUCCGAAAAGAAUUCUCAUUUUCAUCAAGACGUACGAAUAAUCGCUACAAUGUCGUUAGUUUUUUUUACAAAUGUAAUCUUCAAGAAAGAAACAUUUUCAGAGGGAAAGGAAAGAAAGCUGCUGUUUUAGACGGCGUUCCCGUACGAAUUCAUGUUGAUCAGUUGACCGAUGAAGAAUUGAAACGACUUGCGGCAAAGGCUUUCCCCAGAAUCGCCCAUCUCUCCAGGACACUGAUUUCGAUAUUCAGAAAAAUCGAAACGGUUUCAGGAACAGGAAAUUCACGGCAGCUCACGUCUUCGUAAGUAUGGAAUGCCUCAGCUGUUACCAUGUUAAAUUUUUCAGGGAUUUCCUGCGUGCUUGUGCUCGUCUCUCGAUCCUUCCCGACAUUUCUGCCAACGUGGAAACAUUCGCGGAACUCACCGAUGUCUGGUGCCUUGCUGAUCCCAAACCAAGAUGCGUUCAACUGUGCGAGCAGGUUGCCGCUUCUCUGAAUGUCACCCCUGACCGUAUGCACACGCAUCUCUCAGUCCGUCAGCCCGAAGUCAAGUACGACGAAAAAGUGGUUUCUGUCGGAAGAGCACAUUUGCCACGCAAGCUGUCGAUGAUCAAAACGGGAAGACACAAACUCGGUCACACGAGAGACGUCGUUCAGUUGAUGGAACGAAUUGUCGUCUGUGUGUCGCACAACGAGCCGCUCCUUCUCGUCGGAGAAACGGGAGUUGGAAAGACUUCUGUCGUGCAGGCGGUGGCCGAUCUCAUUGGAAUCACUUUGGACGUCGUCAAUGUGAGCCCCACUUCGGAUUCAGAUGAACUCAUUCAAGGGUAAUCAUUCUAUUCAAACUGAAAAAGGUUCAAACUAAAUUUGCAGUUAUAAACCGACGACAAUCGGCCGAUUAAUGGAGCCGUUCACUAAGUUUUACAUGGAAGUCUUCACGAAAAACUUUGACGUUUCCAAUAAUCAGAAGUUUAUCGAUAAUCUGGAAAAGUGUUUGUCUACUGGAAGAUUCAAAGACUAUCUUAGCCUCGUGGAGGCGACUGCGAGAAAAGCAUUGCAAAAGAAAGGAACACAAAAGGAUGAAAGAUGGGCGGAGCUUCUUGUCCGUGCCAGACAGAUCAGAGACGGACUCGACAAAGGUGCUGCUCCGUUUGCCCUUCAAAAGGGAGCAGUCCUGGAAGCAGCGGAAAAAGGACACUGGCUUCUCGUGGAUGAGAUCAAUCUGGCGCCUCCGGAGUGUCUCGACGCCAUCGUUCAUGCUCUUUCGGCUUCUGGAACUCAUCCGAAUUUUCGCCUCUUUGCGUGCAUGAAUCCGGCCACCGAUGCUGGAAAACGACGACUUCCACCUAGUGUCAGAACACGGUGAGUAACGCCAUUCAUGCUUUGGACCAUAACUGUUUUGUAGAUUCACUGAAUUCUUCGUUUCGGAAACGACGGAUCCGUACCAAUUAUCUCUGAUUGUCUCCGCGUACUUGCCGACGCUCGCUCAGUCGCCUGUCGAGAAUCUCGUUCAGUUCUAUCUCUCUGCGAAGCGACUCUUCCCUUCCUGCUACUCGCUCCGAACUCUGUGUCGUGCUCUUCUCUUUACUGCCGAUAACAUGUUUGGAAGCGUGGAUCAAUCGAUUUACGAAGCCGUUUCGAUGGCGUUCCUGACAAACUUGGAGGACGCAGAGAAAACAGUGAUGAGUGCGAAGAUUCAGAAUACGUUCCGAUGCAAAGUUGCCACGAUGCCAGUGCCGAAACAAAUGGAGAAGUACGUGAAAAUCGGAGGAUAUUUUGUAGAAAAGGGAACUCUUUUGCCUCAAAAUGAUCCGAAAUACGUUAUAACAAAAACAGUGAAAGGAAAUUUGGCCGAGAUUGCUCGUAUCGUGUGCAGUGGUCGCUUCCCGGUUCUUCUGGAAGGAGAAACGUCUGCUGGUAAAACUUCUAUCGUUUGCCACCUGGCGAAAGCGACUGGAAACAAGAUUGUGCGGAUCAACAACCAUGAACAUACGGAUGUCCAAGAGUACAUGGGAUCGUACGUGGCUGACAUGGGAGGCCGACUCGUGUUCCGCGAGGGAGCUCUCGUUCAAGCAGUUCGCGAUGGCUCAUGGGUUAUUUUGGACGAGUUGAACUUGGCCCCCACGGAUGUGAUUGAGGCUUUGAACAGAGUGAGUCAGACCUCCGUGUAUUCAUUAUUAAUCGUUUGCUUUCCAGCUUCUCGACGACAACCGCGAGCUCUUCGUUUCGGAAAUCAACGAGACUAUCAAAGCUCAUCCCCGUUUCCGUUUGUUUGCAACUCAAAAUCCAGCAGGAUCGUAUGCAGGACGUAAGAAGCUUUCGAGAGCUCUCAUGUCCCGCUUCAUCGUGCUUCGAUUCCAUCACCUCCCAAUCGAUGAGCUCUCCGAAAUGGUGUGCUCCAGAUGUGAAGUACAGCCGAAUGCCGCUCUGAAGAUGAUCGAAGUUUUGCGUGAACUCAGAAACAGAAGAAGUCUUUCCGGAUUGUUCUCAGCCAGAGACGGUUUGAUGACGCUGCGAGACGUGUUCAGAUGGGCGAAACGCUUAAAAACCGACGAGACGAACGACGAUUGGCUGCAGAUUCUUGUGAACCACGGAUAUUUUCUUUUGGCUGGAAGAUGCAGAAAUGAGAAGGAUGAAGUGACUGUUGUGGACGCACUCGAGAAAGUAAUCAAGAGGAAGAUUGACAAGGACGCGCUCUUUUCGAUGCAAUCACCGUACAUGCCGAAAAACGUCGUCACCAACCACGUCGUGCUGACUCUUGGAAUGAGAAGAAUGCUGGUGAUGACGGAGCAGGCCUGGCUCCGGAACGAAGCGGUUCUGAUGGUCGGAGAGACGGGUGGAGGAAAAACGACACUCUCGGAAGUGGUCGGAAGAGGGAAACUGCGCAGUAUCAACUGCCACGAACGGACUGAGACGGCCGAUCUGCUGGGAAGACUCCGCCCGAAACAAGACGGCGGAUUCGAAUGGUCGGAUGGAGUUGUGAUCAGUGCGAUGAGGGACGGAGUGCCACUGCUUGUCGAUGAAAUCUCUCUUGCUGAGGAUUCUGUCCUCGAGAGACUCAACCCGCUUUUUGAAGAAGACAGAGCUCUCCUGCUCUCCGAUUCCGGAACAGAAACCGAAGUGAUUGAAUCGAGGCAAGGAUUCCAAAUGAUCGCCACAAUGAAUCCGGGAGGCGACUACGGAAAGAAGGAACUGUCGAAGGCGUUACGCAACAGAUUCACCGAAGUUUGGACGUCGAGCGACUACACUGUUUCCGAUCUCAUUACUAUUUUUGAUCAGAGACUCGGAAGAGUGGAAGCAACGAAGGAGGAGGCCACAAUAACUCCGACUAGAACUGCGCAAACCAUCGUUUCGUGGAUUUCUAUCUUUUUUGAGAAGUAUGCGCAUGUAUUCCGGUGAGCAAGUUAUCUAUAUCUGUCAGAAUGUAUAACUAUUCAGACAUCCUCCUUCUGUUCGUGACGUUGUGGCGUGUGCUGAGUUGUAUGCCGCUGCGAUUAGCGCUGGAAUCGAGAGAUCCACCGCCAUCAAAGACGCCCUCUGUGCCGUGUUCCUUGAUUCACUCGCUGGUUUGACUUCCAAUUUGCUCAUCAACCCCAAUGAAAUCUUCGAUGAUGCACUCACUAUGGUAGUAUUUCCUACCCAAUCCUGCGAACAACUUGUCACUUUCAGCUCCAUGCGGAACUUGUGAAAACACAAAUCGUUGGCAGUCUCACUUUAGUUCAGUCGUUACUCACUGAAGCCAAACAGGAAACCCUUAUCGAUCAAGCGUCGGAUCAUCUGAAUGUCGGUCACUUGCGUGUUCCGUUCGGACCUACCACUCCCAAGAUCCCAAGGGCCUUCUCUCUGAAAGCUCCGACUUGCGCCGAAAACUUCUAUCGAAUCGCGAGAGGUCUUCUCAUCAACAAACCGAUUCUUCUCGAAGGAGCUCCCGGAUGCGGAAAGUCGUCUACUGUGAUGGCUCUCGCUCAGCUCACUGGAAAUCCGAUUACUCGGCUCAACUUGAGUGAUCAGACCGACCUGUCAGAUUUGUUCGGAAGCGACGUUCCAGUACUGACUGAAAACGGAACGAUGACAUUUCGAUGGGAGGACGGACCAGUUUUGAAGGCUAUCAAAAGAGGAGAGUGGGUGCUUCUUGACGAAAUGAAUCUGGCUUCUCAGUCGGUUCUCGAAGGACUCAAUGCGUGUCUAGAUCAUCGAAGAAUACUGUACAUUGCUGAGCUGAACAAGGAGUUCGAGAUUCCAGCCGCGUCAAAUUGCCGUUUCUUCGCCUGCCAGAAUCCGAGAGUUCAAGGAGGAAACAGAAGAGCUCUACCGAAGUCGUUCAUCAACAGAUUCACGAACAUUUAUACCAACGACCUGACCAAAAACGACAUUGAUAUUGUGCUGAAAGGAGUGGACGAAAAGAGUGUUUUGACCGAAAGUCAGAGGGUUGGAAUGGUGACAAUCAGUGAGCAGUGCGGUUUGGAAUCGGAACGAGGAUCAUUUGUUGGAGGACCACAUUCAUUCAAUUUGAGAGAUCUACUGAGGUGGUACGAGUUGCGAGCUUCCGGAAGAUCACUCGGAGAGGCAUUUGAGACUGUGUACAUGACUAGAACUCGAAGAGGGGAAGACAGAGAACUGAUGAGGUCGAUUUACGAAAAAACGAUGAAUGAGAAGUUGGUGACGAAGGGGAGAAUGCUGACAGUCGGCGAGAAGGACAUGCGCAUCGGAAGGUGUACUCUGAAGAGAAAAGAGAGUGUGGGAGUACCGGUUCCGAAUAAGAACAGACUGCUGGCUUCCCAGAUGGCACUCACUCAUGAGAUCGCCACUUGCGUUGAAAUGAACUGGCUUGCUCUUCUCGUUGGACCGAGAAAUUGCGGAAAACGAGCAGUGAUCGAAAAUGUGGCGAGCAUAUGUGGGAGAAAGUUGAGAACGAUCGCAUUGAACGCGGACACUGAUGCUCAGGAACUGAUUGGAAGUUACGAACAAGUGGUCGACGAGGAUGGUCUGCCUGAGGCAAAGAAGAAAGUUGUGGAGAUUCUGAAGAAUAAGAACGUGAGAAAGGCGAAGAUAGAAAAAGUGGCAGCUGCAGAUACGCUGAUGAAGCUGGAAGCCAUUGUCGAAUUGAUUCUAGCAGAGAUCGGAGAUAUCGCAGAAGUCAGGGACGUUCUCAGCGACGCGAAUCAAAGUUCGAUGCGCUUCGAAUGGACGGAUUCCGUGUUUGUGGACGCCUUCUUGAAGGGCGAUUGGCUGCUGAUUGAAGAUGUGAAUCUGUGCAGUGCUGCCGUUCUCGAUCGUCUCAAUUCGUGUCUGGAGAGUGGCGGAAAACUCGUGGUAGCCGAAAGACAGAACUCCUAUGAACCACUCGAGCCGCACCCCGACUUCCGUGUCUUCCUUUCCAUGGAUGCCCGAGUUGGAGAGAUCUCAAGGGCGAUGAGGAACAGAAGUGUGGAGAUUUGUUUCGACGAAGACUCCAAAUGGAAUACGUGGCCUGAUGAUGUCAAAGCAGUUGUUGACCCGAGACUUUCGACGGAAUACAGCAAGAACAUUGCUCGUUUCCUCACGUCUGAACAGCAAUUGCAUCUUGCCGUGCUGCUAGAAGAGAAUGGAGAGCACUUCUCGACAGAUUUGGCGCUCAAAUUGAUUGGAGGACAUGCUGAUGAGCCGAUGGAAGAGGAUGACGAAAAGGAAAUUAUUAUGGAGAAAACAGAAGUAACUCCGAAGAUUUCAGCGAUUUGUGGACUCUCGGGAGACUAUGAAAAGUAUCUCAUUUCGACUUGGAGACGAGCAGCUGGGAACACUCGAACGGCCACCGUCGAGGCGGCACUCAUGGCAUUCCUCUCGACCACUCCGUGGAUUUUGUCGAAUCUCGCUGAAAACUUGAAAUCUUUCCUCGGAAAUGCAGUUGUUGGUAAGUCUCUCCUCGCCAGUGAAAUGAAAACAAAGAUAUCAAUUUCAGAGUCAAUCCUCAAACGAAUCCCACCAAGUAUUCUCAAAAGUGCCUCUCGUCACCUGGUCGAUUCCGAAUUCUCUUCCACCGUUUCGUGUCUUAACGCGAACAUCGAAACGAAAUUCUGUAGAAUGGUUCUGUUCGAGUGGAUGCUGCAAAUGGUUUCAAAGGUUAAUGUGGAGAAAGGAUCUGCAGAACAACUGAGCAACACGUUGACGAAAUGUAAACUUUGCCGAAAGUGUGUUUGAAAAGCAUUGAAUUUCAGAUGAAAUAGCCACUUCCGAUGUCACGUUCAACAACCUCCCACUGAUUGGAAGCCUCACUCGUUCGAUCGUUGAAACGUGGAAAACGAGUGCUGCGAUCUCUUCGCAAGCCGUCCACGAACUGUCUGUUUCGGUUUCGCUCCUUUUGCUCAUUGCCGCUUCUCGUCGGAAACUGACCACGAGAACUGGUUGUGCUGCCAUCUAUUUGGCUUGGAACGACUUCAAAACCGAAUCUUCCAAAACCAGUGGCAUCCAAGGGUAUUGUUAAACUGAAUGCUUUAACAUUUUCUAUAACAAGUAGUUUCAGAUCGAGCAGUUUUAUGUCUGUCAUCGACAAAAUAAAUGAGGGAUGGACUUCAGAAUCCUAUGAAGAGUUUGUGAAUGAAUACAUUCACAAAUGGAGAAAGUUCGCCCUCUGUCAGCCAUUUUCGACAGAAGAACAGUCCCGUGUGUUUGUUGAGCAUCUGGAGGCUCUGUUGGCGGGAGAAAGGGAGGAUGAAGACGUGGAAAUGACGGAAGACGACGACGAAGAAAAUGAAGAGAGGAAGAGAAAGCCGUUGGCUGUUUCUCCCGUUGAAUUGUCCACGACUGUCAUCGAAAGUGUCGAUGCAUUGUUCGAAUUUCUUUCGACCGGAACGGUUGAUCAUGAGAACAGAGUGUUCAAGAAGACCAACGUGUACAAUGGAGUCGAGUGGAAAGAAGAGACUGCUCGUUGGAUUCGCACGGCAGCCGUGUUCUGUGAAGAUGUGGCAGUGAGCAAACUGAGCGACGAAGACUCUGAAGAAGGGAAGGUCGUCGUGUCCGAUUUGGUUUCCAUCGGCGGAGGAGCACACUCGAUCGCCACCAGACUGUUCUUUUCGGCGAUUCACUAUAAUCCUGCGAUGCCUAACCUGAGCAUCGCCCAUCUCCAAAAGUUCCCUAUUAAAGAGCUCAGUACUAAACUCUGGAGGCUUUCCAUCGAUUCUUCGUUAAUCCGAAAUACCUUGCAACAAUCUUUGGAACAUUUAGGAGUUGGAAUAGAAGGAUGGACGAGUGGAACCAGAAAUGGAAUGGAAUGUGGAGUGGAAAUGAUGGGGAAGGCGCUGCCACCGAAAGAAACGCUCGAUCCAGUCAUCUUUGAAGAGGAACGCCUUCUGUUCUUGAGAGCCAAACGAAGAAUUGUCGAAAGACAACUGAAUUAUCUGGCAGAGUGGAGGAAACUUAUGGGAAGACAGACGUCCGACUGCGAUUCGGCUUCUUCUCAAACUAUCAUUCAUGGACUGAACGAAUUGGAAAAGGAGCUGCGUCAACUGAAGGAAGAAGAAGGCGAUCAGCAGCCAGAAGUGUUCAGGCAAUCGGCCACACAGUACAACCAGCUGUGCGCCGAGCUCCGUUCGUUCCUGGAUGUUGCCAAAUCGGCGAUUGCGGACUCGAAGAAAAGUGAUGACGUGACUAACGAACAAAUUUCAGCCAUCCGGGUAGCGAGAAUCAAAUCGUUCCUUAUGAGUGCUGCGAACUUUAGAAUGGUAUGUAAUGUUUUCAAAAUGACAAAUGCAAACAACCAUUUUCCAGAGCAUCUUGAGAAAGUUCGUCUCCUUUGUCGAUGUGUCGAUGCCCUUUGUGGCUGGUCUUCUUAUUCUCGAAAUCGCUUUCAAUGAAAUUGCUCUGAGGUGGCAACAUGAAGCCAAACGACUCCACGCCUCUUCCUCUUCUGCAUUCCCUCGAUUCCUGACUACUGUGGCCAGUCCGUACGGAUUGGUUUCGGACGAAGUGACGGCGUGGGCGGUGCGUGAUGCCUCUCCGAUGCCACUUCAAUUGAAGUCCGCUGUUGUUCGGCGGAAGUUGGCAGAGAUGAAAACAGACGACGGAUCCGCAAUCAUCGAGAUUCAAUGGACGAGAAGCCAGUGGAAGAAGUGGUAUGAGAAGAACAUCGCCAAAGCGGAACAAAAAGAUUUCGUCUACCGAACGAAGACUGAAGAAGAAAAGGACGAUAUGGAUAUUGAGGAAUUCUUUUCGAACACGGAACAGGACUCGCAAGUGCUGCCGGACUCUGACGUUUCCAUGCUUUUGGAAGCAGUCGAGAGGAAGAAGUGCUCUCUGAUCGACGAGAAAAGCAGGAAAGCAUCGGAAGAGCGAUACGAAAUGGCGAUGGUUUGGAUGAGACACGUUAUGAGCGAAGUCGGAGCGAUUCCGACUGACGAGACCGUUUGGAAUCAGUGCAUUGGUGAGUGGUUAAUGUGCAAAAAAGAAAAUAAAGCUUUUUCGUUUCAGAUGGAGACCAGAAGCUAUUCGAGAUUCUCGCCUCACAUGAAGGAUUGUCCGACGACGGGGACCGCGAAGACACAAAGGUCAUUGACGUCUACCGGAAUUCGUCAAUUCGUGAAUGCCGGCGUGUCGCUGUUGUACUCGAGAGGCUGGCCGCACGGACCAAGGAAGUGCUCGAACGGUGGCCGGAAGUCGUUUCCCUCAAGACCAUCGUCAACACAAUCGAAGAGUUCUUCGCUGUUUCCGUGUCCACCCCCCACAUCCAGAUUUCCACGCAAAUCGAGAAUUUGAUCGAAGUGUGCGAGCAGUGGGAGAUGAUGGCUGAUAGACAGAAUUCGCUGAGAGAUCCGCUCGGAGAACUGCGUCGUCUUCUGGUUGACUGGAAGAAAAUGGAAGUAAGAUGUUGGUCGAGUCUGUUGGAAAACUGCGAAAAUGAAGCGAAACAACGGGCGCAACUUGUUGCUUUCCCACUUUUCGAAUCGCUUUUCGAAGCGUCUACUCCAGAAAUGGAGGCGGCUAUCAUUCCGAUGAGCAUUGAAUGGAUGCACAACGCCACACUCGUCGACUUCUCGACAAGAGUUCUCACUGUCCAGUCGUUGUCCAGAUGGGCUAGAAUCAUCGAAAAAGAUGUUCUGGCAACGCAACUAGAAGCCGCUUCGAGACAUUUUGGAAUCUUCAUUGCCCGAGUCGAGCAGAGAUUGAAAGAGGCUCGUGAACCAGCAGAACACAGUUUGAAAGAUUACCUGAAAGUUGUAAAGUACAACGAUUUGAAUCUGUGGAACAUUCGUGUCUCUUCAACUAAAGCGCACGCACAGUUGUACAAGAUUGUGAGGAGAUUCAAGGACGCAAUCAAUCUGGAGGUGCACGACGACUUCGGAAUACUGCAAAAAAUGGAGGAAUGGAAGCAGAGAGUGUUCGAGCAGGAAGACAACGGGAAGACGAAUCCGAAUGGAGAGGAACUGGCAAAGAGAAUCCGUCAAACCAAGACUUUUGCUGCAGAAAUUGAAGAGCAAGUGUCCAUUCUUUGCGAUACAACUGCCAUUGAAGAGCUCAGUGAACAGACGAAAGCGGCCGACGAGGCAAUCCGAACGGUGAUCAAUUAUAUCGGAGAAGACGAAGAGAAAGAGAAGCAGCAAGGUUACGCAAGGAAUUCGAGACAGCGUCAGGUUGCAAUGAUGAUCAAGGAGGCUCAGGCUAUCGGACUGAAUGCGAGAAAAGCGGUGCUUCUGGCUCAGGAGGACAUCAACAGGCGGUCUAUUGUCGGAGUGCUCUCGAACGGAGAGUGCGAGAACGAAAUUCGGAUCUGUGCUUCUGGACGAAACAUUGUGAUCCAGAAAGCCAACAAGAUCGAUCAGCAAGUGGGAGUGUCCACGAGAAAGCAUCUGAGUGGAAUGAUUGGUAACCGAAGAGAAAUCUUUAUGAUAUAAAGUUUGAGCUUUCAGAAUACGGAAUGUCCUACAUGCUUUCUCUUCAAGAGAGUAUUGGAACGUGGAAGAAGCAGGUCACACAGCUCCGUUUGCAUUCUGGAGAACUCGACGUCAUUUGUGAGAAUCAGGAAAACGAAUGGGUUGUUGAUCACGAGAUGGCGAAGGGAAAAGUCGAGAAGACGACUGAGUCUGUCGAAAGAAUGGAGUUGGUGGUUUCUGCGAUCAGACGGCGAUUGAAUGGAAUUCCUGCCAGCCCUGAUGGUUCGUUCGUUCUGACAAUCAGGUUGAUAAUGUUUUAUUCCAGAAGGCACACAAGCCAAGACUUACGUUCAUCCUCUAUCGAAACUGUCGCAAUCUGACGAAAAGGCCAAGAAGUUGAAUGUUUGGGUUGAGAAGCUGAGCACUCUCAUCGGAAACAUGAAACGGACUAACGACCGCCUCGAGAAAAUGAAGGAAUCCGUGUUCGAAUGGAAUGGUUACGCCGCCUGGUGCACUCAACUGCAGGGUGACUCCGCAGAAUUGAAGACCGAACUGCAGCUUUUUGACGGCUAUUUCGACAUCGAAAAGAACGAAAUUGGAAAGAUUCUCAGUGAAAUUCCAAAAUGGGCAAAGAAUAUCGAUUCCAACGAAAGUGUCGAUGAAAAUGAAGCCGAUGUGACCCAGAUUCUGCUGCUCGUCCAGAAAAUUUACAAGAGAUUGGAGAAAGUGACGAAAGGAGAAGAGGGCAAAGCUCUCGAUCAGAUCAGCGUUCUUGUUGAAGCCCUCAAACAAUGCGAUAUCAUUUCCGUCGUACAAAGCAUGUCGGAAGUGGUUGCAGCACACUGCGGAGGAGAGAAGAAACUGAAAUACGCGGGAGGAGUUGCCGAGUUGGGCAGAAUCUGUGCGGGAAUCGUCGAGCGAUGUGUCACCCAACUCACUAACUGUCUCGGCCAUUUCUGCGUUCUUUACCAUUCGAUGCUCUCGAUGACUGUUCAAUUGUACGAAAAGGGCUAUGUGAACACAAUUCCAAAGGCUGAAAAACAAGAAUCUGGAGAAGGUCAAACGGACGAUAGCGGAGAAGGCGGAGGAAUCGGAGAAGGAGGAACUGCAAAAGAUGCGAAGGACGUGACGGAAGAAAUGGAGGAGACGGGACAGAUUGAGGGGUUGGAGGACGAGCAGCCUGCUGAUUCUGAAGAGCACGAGGCGAAAAACGACAACGAGAAGCCGAUCGACAUGGAAGACGACUUUGCGGAAGAUCUGCAGGACAUCGAUAAAAAUGAGAAGGGAGAUCAGGAGGAUGGAGAGGACGAAUCCGAUGAGGAGCCCGAAGUCGAAGAUCAGAUAGGCGAUGUCGAGGAGGAAGAUGAGAAGCAGCUGGAUCCGAAGAUGUGGGAUGAAGAAGAGAAAGAGAAAGAUCAGAAAAAUAUAGAUGAGGAACAGCAGGGCGCGGAAGAUCAGUCUGAGGAAAUGGUCGCGAAGGAAGACGACGCCCAAGGAAAGGACGAGGAACAAAAAGAUGGACAAGAAGAGGAAAAAAAUGAUCAGAUGGAAGAAGAUGAGCAGGAGAAUGUGGACGAAAGAGAUCGAGAAAACAAUGAAAGAGCUGAAGAUCAGAUGGAUAUGGAAGAACAGAGCAAGGACGAAAUAGCUGAGCAGGUAGAGAUUGAUGAGACCGAGAACGGAGAUGACGGAGAUGAGACGGAUAAGGAGGAGGAAGAAGAAGAAGCGAUCGGAGGAGACGGCGAGGAAGAACGGAACGAGCAGCAGGAGCUGGAAGACGUGGAUGAUACGAAGCCGACUGACGAGGAGAGUGAGGAGAAAAAGAAAGAGGAGGAGAAUCUGGAACAAGGAACCGGUGGAGAGAGGAAUGAGCAUGAGGAGAAGAACGACGUGGCAGAAGGAGGAAUGGUCGAGGAAGAAGAGAAAGACGAACAGGAAGAGAAAGAGGAGAAGGGAGAGGGAAAGAGCAAGUCUGAUCCGAACGGAGAUGGCAACACGGGAGAAGCUCCGAAAGAGAAGAAUAAAGAAAAUGAGGAAGACGAGGAGAAGGAGGACGAGGACACAGCUGAAAGGAAAAGAGAGCUGGCUACGGAGAAUGCUCAAAUGGAAGAGGCCGAAAUGGGAGAUGGCGAUGAGAAUGAUACAGGUCAACAAAUGGAGAAUGCAGAGGUUUCUGAUAGGCAAAUGGUCGGGAAAGGAACGAUCGAGGAGGCUCGACAGACCAAGAGAGAGGAGAAACGGGAAGAAGAGAAGAAGAAACGGCGCGAUCUGAAACAGUCGAUGGAAGGAGAGCAAGGCGGAGAAGGGGGACAACUUGACGACGAAGGUGCCGAGGAAACGAAUAAAGCACGCAUUCACAUGGAUUCUCACGACGUCUUCUCAGCGGUAUUGUUUUGUUACAUUCCGUCCCAGAUUGACCAAGUUUUUACAGACCGAAGAGGCUUCGAAUGAUCCUGUCACCGGAAUGAUUACGGAAGAAGAAGAGCGAGAAAAAAGCCGGAACGGAGACCUCCCGGUGAAUGCGAAGGCUGACGAGCAGUGGGCGGAAAUGUCGAGAACUGUUGGAAUGCUUGCUGCUGAACUGGCGGAGAAUCUGAGGCUUCUGCUCGAACCGCAGAGGGCCAAUAAGAUGCAAGGAGACUACAGAAGUGGAAAGCGGCUCAACAUGAGAAGACUCAUUCCGUACAUUGCCAGUGAAUACAGAAAAGAUCGUAUUUGGAUGAGAAGAACGAAAAGAGCGCAGAGAGAAUAUCAGGUGAGACUGAAUGUGAAAAACUAAUGAGAGAAACUUUGUUUCAGAUUAUGAUUGCCGUUGAUGACUCUGAAUCGAUGAACGAGAACGGCAUCCAUCAGAGCACGUGCGAAUCUGUCUGCAUUGUCGAAGAUGCCCUUCGAAGGUGCGAUGCUGGUCGAGUUUCCGUUUGCUCAUUCGGUGGCGAUGUCUCCACAAUCAUUCCGUUCGGAGAAGCAUCGGCGACGAGCAGCAUAGAAAUGCUCAAGCAGAUGACGUUCUCGCAGAAAAAAACGGAUCUUUUGCUGCUUCUGAAGACGGCGAAACAGCAGUUGGACGAGAUCCGCACUCCCACUUCCGAACAGAUGCUCAUUGUGAUUUCCGACGGAAGAGGAGCCCUUUCGCAGGGCGCCGACAAAGUCCGCGCGGUGUAUUCGGCUCUGCAGGGCGUCACCGUUCUGUUCGUGAUUCUGGAUUCUGGAAAGAAAUCCAUCGAAGAUCAUACGGUUGCCUCAUUCAAAGACAACAAAGUGGUGAGUAUCGGAAAGUUUACCCACGCUCUAACACAACAUGUGUUAAAUGUUUGUUUUGAUCAAAUUUUUUGUAAUUGAAUAUCAUCCUGUUCUAUUUAUUUUCCAUUUCGGCCGUAGUCAAUUAGACUACAAACUACACAUGUGGGCGGUCUGUUUACCCUGUCGAAACUGCUGACAACUCACCGAAUGGCACGGUCUUUCAGGUGCUCACGCCAUACCUCUCGUUGUUCCCGUUUCCGUUCUACGCCAUCGUCAAGUCCGUCCACCAACUGCCUUCCAUCAUUUCCGAAUCUAUCCGUCAGUGGUUCGAAAUGACGACACAACACGCGUAG